AUGGAGGCAACUGAACAAGAUCUUCUCGCUACACAAAAGGCGCUCGAAGAAGAGGUGCAAAAUAAAGUCAAACUAGCUGUUGUCGAUAAUUUUCUUCGAGAAAAAUUAACUCGUGAAGAAAGAUUUACUGAACGAAAUACAUUUAAAUUAAAUACACAAUGGCUCGCCGUUAUGCGAGCAGCUAAAUCGAAAGAAUUAAAAAAAGAAAUCGAAAUUUUAUCACAAACAUUCGGGCGAAUUAUUGAUCGAAAAGAUACAGUCAUUAAAUCAUCAUUAGCAGAUAUCGAUGAAGCUGAAGAACAAUAUAGCAUGGCAUUACGAAGUUUUCUUGAAUCCAUUGAAAAAAUGAUUCGUAUGCAUACAUUAACAAUUGAUAAAUUACUUGAUCAAUAUGAAAAAGAUGUUGAACAAGUGAAAUUUGAAUUUCUUGAUGAACGUAAAAAAAUCAUUCAAGAUCAAGAUACUUCAGUGACUGAAUUACAAAAUAUUAUUUAUAAUAUGGAAAAAACUUUUCUCGAUACGGAAACAACAGCUGAACAAAAUUUUCAAGCCAAUAUGGAAGAAUUACGAGAUCGAUAUCGUGAAGACAUACAGCAAUAUCAAUUAGAUGUUGAAAACCGUUUAACAGCAUUACAAAAUGAAACAACAAGUAUAACAGAUACUUAUAAAGAACGAAUAAAAGAAAGUAAAGCACAAUAUCAAGAAUAUAAGAUGAAAGAUGAAAAAAAUUCAAAAGAAAUUCGUGAAGCAACAAUUUACAUUAAUCGAAUGACUGAUAAAAUUAAUAAUCUCAAAGCUCAAAUUGCUAAUCUUGAAGCGACACAUCAAGCGCGAAUGCAACGUGUUGGACAGGAAAAAGAUAGUAUGAAACAAUAUUUACUUAAAUUAAAACUUCAAUUAUCAGAAAUGCAAGAAGAAUUACAUCGACGAUUGAUAAAACUCGCUACAACAUGUGAUUCAACUGAGAAAAAACUUGAAAAACGUGUUAAAAUAGCUGAAACCAUUUUAACAUUUUCCGAAAUGUGUCGUAAAUUAGAAUCCGAAGAAGAAAAAAUUCUUCCAUUUUAUGCAUCAACAUUAACUAACGAAGAACGUGCUGAAGUUGAAGCCGCUUUUUACGAACAACCAUUUGAAGAAUUAGCUAAAGAUAUGUAUACAUAUGAUGCAUUAGAUACAUUCUGGAAACGAUUUAGUAAAGUAUCAUUAGAUAAAUUAUCUUUAGAAAAAGAACGAAGUAUUUUACAAUCAGAAAAUAUGCAGUUGAAAAUGUUAUUAAAACAAUAUCUUGAUGGUAUAUCAGUUAAUGAUGAAAUUAUGAAUCAAACUAAUCCAUUGAUGAUUUAUUCAUCAAGACGUAUUCUUGAAGGUCAAACUGGAACAAAACAAAUAUCAAAUUCUCGACCAAUUAAAGUUGUUAUUGAGGCUCAGCAUGUGAAAAGUGCCUUUUGA